GGGAGAUCCGGCUGGAGGGGAGGCUCCGACUCUCCUUCCUUCCUGGUUCCUACAGCAGCUGCUGCCACUGCUCAGCUCCGUGAGAGCGAGCAGGCGACUCGGAGACGGUGACUCAGAGGCAGAGCGGCGCGGGCCAAGGAGCACUGGCGUCCACGGGCCCUGGGGGCCCCUGAGGACCAGGUGACGUCCUUCCCCUUCCACUCUGUUCUGCGUCCUCAGCAGGGAGUGGCCACUCCCUUCUCCAUGGACUUUCAGCAGAGGGACCCUCCCUCCCUGGCCGAGAGCACUCAGCCUGUAAAACUCAGCAGUGCCCAGCAGGCCUCCGAGCUCUGGGAGGUGGUGGAGGAACCCCGCAGCAGGCCGGGGACCGAAGGUGUCAUGCCGGAGCGGCAGGAAGGCCACCUGCUCAAGAAGAGGAAGUGGCCCCUGAAGGGCUGGCACAAGAGAUACUUUGUGCUCGAGGAUGGAAUCCUUCACUAUGCCACUACUCGGCAAGACAUCACCAAGGGGAAGCUUCAUGGCUCCAUCGAUGUCCGACUGUCUGUCAUGUCCAUCAACAAAAAGGCCCAGCGCAUUGACCUUGACACCGAAGACAACAUCUACCACCUCAAGAUCAAAUCCCAGGACCUGUUCCAGAGCUGGGUGGCCCAGCUGCGCGCUCACCGCCUGGCCCAGCGCCUGGACAUGCCCCGAGGCCCACCGCCCAGCUCCACUCACCGGAAGGUUCCUGGUGCCCAGCUUCUAGGAGCAGGGGGCACCUCGGCUCUACCUGGCGUUGGGGCUCGAGAGAAGGUGUCUUCCUGGCUGAGGGACAGUGACGGGCUGGAUCGCUGCUCUCAUGAGCUCUCCGAGUGCCAGGGGAAGCUCCAGGAACUCCACAGACUGCUCCAGAGCCUGGAGUCUCUGCACCGCAUCCCCUCCGCCCCCGUCAUCCCCACACACCAGGCCUCAGUGACAACCGAGAGGCCCAAGAAGGGGAAACGGACCAGCCGCAUGUGGUGCACACAGAGCUUUGCCAAGGACGACAGCAUCGGGCGGGUCGGGCGUCUCCACGGCUCUGUUCCGAACCUGUCUCGCUACCUGGAGUCCCGGGACCCCUCGGGCCCCCGGGGGCUGCCCCCUCCAGACUAUGCCCACUUGCAGCGCAGUUUCUGGGCCCUGGCGCAGAAGGUGCACAGCUCCCUCAGCAGCGUCCUGGCCGCACUCACCGCUGAACGGGACCGACUGAGGGACCUGCACCAGGGCACUGAGCUGCCAAGGAUGGGGGUCUCUGAGGCCUCGGCCAGCUCCAGGCGCCUCCACUCGCUGUCCGCCUCCUCGGACACCACUGCAGACUCCUUCAGCUCCCUCAACCCGGAGGAGCAAGAAGCUCUGUACAUGAAGGGGCGGGAGCUGACCCCACAGCUGUCCCAGAGCAGCAUCCUGUCUCUCGCCGACUCCCACACAGAGUUCUUUGACGCCUGCGAGGUUCUACUGUCUGCCAGUUCUUCUGAGAAUGAGGGCUCCGAAGAGGAAGAGUCAUGCGCCAGUGAAAUAACCACCAGCCUGUCUGAGGAGGUGCUGGACCUCCGGGGAGCCGAGCGCUGUCAGAAAGGGGGGUGUGUUCCAGGGAGAGCAGCAGGGCCAGCCCGCCGCAGCUGCCUGCCAGCAGCCAGUGGCCCUGGGGCUGACGUGAGCCUGUGGAAUAUCCUGCGGAACAACAUCGGCAAGGACCUGUCGAAGGUGUCGAUGCCCGUGCAGCUCAACGAGCCACUCAACACCCUGCAGCGACUCUGCGAGGAGCUGGAAUACAGCAGCCUCCUGGACCAGGCCAGCCGCAUCGCGGACCCCUGCGAGCGCAUGGUGUACAUCGCCGCCUUCGCCGUCUCGGCCUACUCCUCCACUUACCACCGGGCCGGCUGCAAGCCCUUCAACCCUGUGCUGGGGGAGACCUACGAGUGUGAGCGGCCUGACCGGGGCUUCCGCUUCAUCAGCGAGCAGGUCUCCCACCACCCCCCCAUCUCGGCAUGUCACGCGGAGUCUGAGAACUUCGUCUUCUGGCAAGACAUGAAAUGGAAGAACAAGUUCUGGGGCAAAUCCCUGGAGAUUGUGCCGGUGGGGACCGUCAAUGUCAGCCUGCCCAGGUUUGGGGACCACUUUGAGUGGAACAAGGUGACGUCCUGCAUCCACAAUAUCCUGAGCGGCCAGCGCUGGAUUGAACACUACGGAGAGGUGCUCAUCCGGAACACGCAGGACAGCUCCUGCCACUGCAAGAUCACCUUCUGCAAGGCCAAGUACUGGAGCUCCAACAUCCAUGAGGUGCAGGGCGCCGUGUUCAGCCGGAGCGGCCGCGUCCUCCACCGGCUCUUUGGGAAGUGGCACGAGGGGCUGUACCGGGGGCCCCCACCUGGUGGUCAGUGCAUCUGGAAACCCAACUCAAUGCCCCCAGACCACGAACGAAACUUCGGCUUCACUCAGUUUGCCCUGGAGCUGAACGAGCUGACGUCGGAGCUGAAACACUCUCUGCCUUCCACGGACACGCGGCUGCGGCCCGACCAAAGGUAUCUGGAGGAGGGGAACAUACAGGCCGCUGAGGCCCAGAAGAGAAGGAUCGAGCAGCUCCAGCGAGACAGGCGCAAAGUGAUGGAGGAGAACAACAUCGUUCACCAGGCCCGCUUCUUCAGGCGGCAGACAGACAGCAGUGGGAAGCAGUGGUGGGUGACCAAUAACACGUACUGGCGGCUGCGGGCCGAGCCGGGCUACGGGAACCUGGAUGGAGCUGUGCUCUGGUAGCCCUGGCCCCGGGGCAGGGGGCUCCGCUCCUCCCUCCUGCCUCCGCCCCCCACGGACACAUGGACGAGGCCAGGCUCCCCACUCACUGUCCUGGAUGCUGAGGGGGCAGCCCCGGUUCUCAUCUUCUCCCCUCUGCUGGCCAGAGGGGCUGCAUCUCAGCCUAUUGCCACCCCAUGUUUGGGGUGCAAAGCAGAAUCUGUGCUCCCCCAGUCUCGUUGCCCCAGAUAAUCGGCAUGUAAGACCCGUCUUGCUGUCUUUCCUUUACCCCCGUGCACUUGGGGGAGAUGCCAGUCUCUCCGUGAUCUGUUCCCCAUUUCAGUGCCUUCCUAGGACACAGGGGACUCCUCGAUGCUCCCCAGUCUCCCUCUGCCCAGGGCUCUGGCCCCGGCUGUGAGGUUGGAUGCAUGAAAGAGAGGAGACAGCCUGUGUUUUCUCUCCCUGCCACCCGUGCCCACCUCCAGCGUCUCCCCGGGCCCCGGCCCCAGCGAGCCUCCCUCUGCUCAGCUCCUGGCAGCUCUCCCAUCUGGCCGGUCCCCUCCCCUGACUGCAAAACAGCCUGCAGCUUCCAGCUCCUUCCUUGGUCCUCAAGUGGUUUCCUUCAGACUCAGCUCAUCGAAUCCCCCCAGAGCCGACAAGUCUUCUCCAAGAAGUGGGGAGCAGACUGGACAGAUGGGGCGCCUGGCCUCAGACCCACUGGGGGUGCGUGAGCACAAGUGAGGGUGUGUCUGCGUCGGUGCGCAUGUGUGAGUGUUGAGUGUGCGCCCGUGUGCUGCUCGCAGGCGAGCGGAUCCCUGGUGUGGCCCGGAUGACCCAGCUGGGUGUCCGCCACCAUUGCUGCUCAUUCUCGCACAGUCUGCCUCUGAUGAAGGUGAACUGCUAUGACAUUCCAAGCUCCAAUAAAGAC